CACGAUACUAUUCUGUUGACGGUCAGGCAUUUAAAUCACCCUAUCGUCUGAUAUCCAUAACGUUAAGUGUUACUGGUAACACUCUGGUAACACUGUCUGGGGACUAUCUCUGUUUACACGGAUAUAUCGUACUGAUUGUUGGUAUAAUCGACCGACAGUACAAAAAUUCUGUAAAUAUUGUCAGAUUAUAUCUUAAGAGCGGAUAAGCACCAUACUUUAUAGUCUACUUUCGAUUUAGAGCUUCCGCCGAUGUGAGAAUGACCAAUGGAAACAAUCGAAAGGCGUCAUUGACAACGAUCCUUAACAACGUGUGCCACGCGCGAGGAGUUACGCGCCAGUAAAAAAAGAUGUCUGUCAAAAGCGAAGGAUAUUCCCGGAUUGAUAGUCUGUCAAAGUCGAAGCGGGCGCCAUCCGAGUUUCAAGAGGACAGGCGGUCAGUGUACUGGGUGGACAGACUCCCUCCAACACCACAGAGGGAAGGCAAGACAACAGAGUUUGUGACCUCAUCGCGACUGGAAGCACUUUCACAGCCUAGACGAGCUAUCUAUUACAAGGGAGACAGACCUGGUCCAAUAUGGCCUGUCCGACAGUCAGCAAUGCAAGCAGGAUGCUCAGCGCGACUGGAACAGCUUGGCCAGCCUAAAACCCUCAACAAUCAAUACUAUUUCGACAGGACUGCCUACAUGAUGGUCACACGUGGUGCUCAGAGCGCAGAGCCGUCAACACGUCUCCAACAACUGUCACAACCGUUGCCACGGAAACAAGUCCAGGAGUACAAGGAAUCAGAAUGGGGACAAACAUUUCCGGUUUCAGAUAACACCAAAAAGGCCACAGCAUCAGCUCGUGUGGAGCAACUUGCAGAGGCCAAAGGGUAUAACAAAUUUUUCCGUGAUGAGAAACCAAUUCAGUGGAAUGUUCCUGUUGGUGCGUUGAAGGCAACAGCCAAUCUUCGGCUACAACAAAUGUCCCGACCUCGUAGUAGGACGAUGAUUAAGGACGAUUUUGACCCAUAUAAAGUGAGCUUAGCUGCACGAAGAGUUCAUGCUACUCCAAGGGUAGAGGAACUAUGCGUACCAGUACCCAGGAAAGUUAGGUCAAAGAAGGUUUAAUGCACUCAAAAUCAAUAGGUUUUUUCAUAUAUUUAUAAAAGUUGAAUCCGUGGUAACUAGCUAGGUAUAUCAAUUUAAAAAGAAUCUGAAAAUAUUUCGCUUUCUAUUUUUAUUUUUAAAUGUUCAUUAAGUUCAACAGAAAAGUUUUAAUCUUAAAGUACUAAAAGUUGUUGAUUUUAGAUAUUUUAGAAAAUAUUUUUUCCAAAGUUUAUCUGCUGAUCUACCGACAAUAUCACUUUCAGUUAAAUUGGUUUUACAACUAUAAAAACUGACCUUGUGGGAUAAUGUUAGGGUACCAUGAAUAAUAUAUGGUUGGUUAAUGAAGGGUAUGUGAUUUACCUUGCUUUAUAAUGAUUUCUUCUGGCUAGAGGUAAAUAUUGAAAGAAAAUACGGAGAAUGAGUCAAGAGAUCAUCUUAUAUCCGUAUUUGUUCGGACUAGGCACCCUGGUCUUACAACAAGUAAAGUAGAGUACUCGGAUGAGAUGUCAGCGUCAUAUCGAUGACAUAAACAUGUAUUAAGUAAUUUCAGUUAAACUUUUCCUUAAUUAUAAUGUUUCAGUUUAUUUUGUGACAAAGGUGACAAAUAAAAUCUGAUUCUGUUAAGAAAUAUCAUCACUUUUAUGAUUUUUACAUAAUUAUUAGUGAGAUAAAGGUCAUCCAUUUCCAUUGUACAUGAUAUUUUGUACUGUACAAAAACUGUUCCAAGGGGAGAGAACUCUAGUAUUCCAUGUGUUUUGUAUUUUUGUUUUAUUGAGUUUAUUUGUUGGAGAGAAAUUUUCAUAAAUUGUACUAAUUCAGAAUUGUUCUUGGUAUAAUUCUUUAAAUUAAAAAUAACUUACACAUUAAAAAAUAAAAAAUAAGGUUCUACUUAUAUUAAAAUUUGUGUUUUCAGUUGCUAGAUUUUCAAAAGUUUAUUUUACCAACAAUAUCUUCCACCUAGAUGGUUUUCUUGUUAAGAUUAGGACCUGCUAGCUAACCAUGAAUUUUAUAAUUGUUAAGCUAUUUAUCCAUGGUAGACUAUACUAAGAAUAGAUAACUCUUCAAAUAUUAUGUUCACCAAACAGUAUUUUCGAAUAAGCCCAAAGGAUAAUACAAAUGGUAUAUACAUGUAUAUCCUGUCAUUAUUGAAUGUUUUAUAUAUAUAUGUUAUCAAUGUGCACUGGGUUUGUGGUGGUUGUUUUACUCUACAUAUAUGAAAAAUUAUUAAUUGCACGUGCAAUAGCCCCUGUAUAUAUAUCAUAAUUAAAUUGUGUUGAAUAUUUAGUCGGUUAAUUUAUAUUUAUAUUAUACUUUCGUUGUUAUAACUCGGAAGUAUAGCUCUAUACCACUUCAGUAUUAUGGUUGCAGAGUUUGUUUUAUUUUAUUGUGUGUGGUUUUAAAAUCCAUUGUUAAUAAUGAACAAUUUAUACCAAGUUACUAUGUAACGUACAUGAGAUGUUCAUUGGUAUUUUCUUUAGUGGUUUGAAUCUGUUUAGAUGAAUCAUGGAACAAACCUUCAUGGAUACCCAAUAUAAUUUAAAUUUGAUGUAUUUAUUUUCUUAUUGUUCCAUACCAACUCUGAAAACCACAAAUGUUUGUACACGGGGAACAUUUCACGUGAUACAAUAUUAAAUGUAAGGAGUCGAGUGGUGUCAUUACCAUCAAGAGUCGGUUACUCUUGGCGUUAGAUUUAUAAGAAUUAAAUGUAAAUUGUGAAGAUGUAGUUGAAUAAAGUUACAGAAACCUGAAUUGUGAAGAUGUAUUUAAAUGAAGUUUCAGAAAUUUAAAUUGUGAAGAUGUACUUGAAAAAAGUUACGGAAAUCUAAAUUGCAAAGACGUAUUUAAGUAAAUGUCACCCUGGUGAAAUACUAGCCGCCUCCUACCGACUCGGCUAGGGAGAAGUUCUUUUUAGCUCCUUCCGUAGAUCGUAAGACUAGUAAGCCAGAGGUCCCGGGUUCAACUCCUGGUAGAGGCAUUGAAAAAAUGAUGACCUAGCUAUCUUAUAUAAAGUUUCAGAUAUUUUUCUCUAACUUUCAGCAGGUGUUUUGAGGAUGGUCUCCUGUUAGGCUAUGUUGUUCAGUAUAUUUGGUGAGUGUUUUAAAUGAAUUUAUGUAAUUCAACAGGAGACUGAAGCUGUAGUAUCUCUAUGAAACUGUAAUGAGGUAGAGGUUGUUGGAUUAUUUACGUAUGGACUAUCUCAAUUAUUGUAUUGUCCAUGUACGAAUUAUCACAAUUCUCAGAUUAUCAAUGAGUAGGUAAACAGUCACAUACAUUAUAGACAGAGGCAAUAGAGUAUUACUGGGGUAAUAUCAGUAUUAUUUGUUGAAUCUUAUAACAGAUGUAUUUUUUCUUAAUAACAGUAUUCUAUCAAGUAUUAUGAAAUAUAUUUCUCAUGUUAAGACUUGCUUUGUGGAAUGCUAAUCUAGAAAAUCCUUUUAUUUUUUUCUUGAACUUUUGAUCUGCAAUAUUAAAAAGUUAUUCUUCUGUGCAGUUUCAUAAGUUUAACUUAUAGAAUAUUGUAGAAUAUUCUUGUAACUAAUUAUAUUGCCAUUCUUAAUUUUCUAAGGUAUGCUGUCAAACUUUCUAUUUCAUGGAAUAAAUUCUUCAUUUUCAAAGAAGAUGUCAUAUUCUCCUAUUAACAUUAACACUUGGUACUGUAUUUCUGACUUCAAUUUAAUACAUUCAAGUUUUGUCUUGAAGAAAUGUUUUUUAUUAUCAAAGCUUGCCUCUUGUCAUAAUCCUUCACUCACAUUCACCACCAAAAUUUGAUUAUGAACUAUUCCAACCUUCAUAUUGGAAGAGUUCAAAUGUAUCUUCAGGGGUGAAUGAGUUUAACUAGAAGAUGAUAGGAUGAUUUUUAAGUUUAUUUACUUGUAAUUAUAUGUUUAAAUUAUUAUUUUUGCUAAUUUUAUAUAUUUCAUGCUGUUUUACUUUCUAUAUGUUUUGUUAUUUAUGUCUUUAAAAAACAACAACAAAAAAACUGUUUUAUUGCUAGUUUGCAGUUUGCAUAACAGAUUCAUGCUCCUUUUUAAAAAAAAUUCAAGUGAUAUAGUAUUUAAAUGAUCAUUUGACUUCCAUUUCAAUCACUUCAAACAUUUUAUGUUCCAAUGUUUUUAUCAUGAAAGAAACAGUCAAAAUAUUGUCUUUUGUAUUGACAUAAAGGGUUGCUGAUAUUGACCAGUUAUUCAUUUAGCUAGGUUCAUGAUCAAAAGAAUAGGGGAGAAAUUAAAAAUUUUGAUAGAAUUAUUGCUAUCAUGAUGAUAAAGCUAUAUACUAUUACUGCUAAAUGUUGUUUGAAAUACAUGUACCAGCUAAUGUCCCUAGAAACGAUUUACACAGUACAUGAUGUAUUAUAGACAGUUUUCUUCCCUCCAUAUUUCAAUGUUUAACUUCCCCUAGCUUCCAUUUUCUUUUCUUGUAAGAGUGUUGUUUUAAUUAUAUAUAUUCAG